AACUAUGGCAUUCAUAUUAUCCAUAUUGCCACUGCAUGGUUUAACAUCAAUUUUGACAGCCAGAAUAUUUUAGCAUUUUGGGGUAUUUUUUGUGCCGCACCAAAUUCAUAACUUAAAUACAAAAAUAUACAGAUUUGUAUUAUUUGUUAAAUAUCCGUGACAAUAGAACUGGCCCAGGCCUUUUUCCCAUGGAAGAUGUUGCCCAAACACAUUGACAUAUGCCAUUGAGAACAACAUUCCACCUGUUCUCUGUGUCAUCCAUUAAAUUCAGGCCAUUGUCCCUGACUCUGGGCCUCCUGAUUGGCUGAGCAGCCAAGCUCAUGCUGGAUGAGGAGCAUAAAGGCAGCACGAGGAAACCAAUCUAGACACAGAACAUCUUCAGAAGCAACUGCAGCCUCCACCUCCACUGAAUUGCUGGAUAUUUCUUGAGCGUUUUAUCCUUUUUACAAAUAACUGCAAACUCAAGACCAAUAUCUAAAAUGGCUCCCUACUCUGAUAUGGACCUGCAAGGCACCAUUAAGGAACAGCUCUUUCGGUGUAAACUCCACAUGCUAGAGAGAAAGUGCUCCACUGGAGUGGAGAAGCUGAGGGUUCUGAUCGGAGAACACCUGCAGAAUGGAAUCCCAGCGUCGGACAUCUUGGAGAAGACGGUGUCCUUCUUCACAGUGAGGAAGGCCCUGCUGACCCACAACGGCUACUCCAGAUGUACCAGAGAGUUCCUCCGUCUGUCCUCCACGUCGGAUGAAGAUGUGGCGCCGCUGUGCCUUUUCACUGAUGAUGAAGACAGAGAGCUUACUUUUUCAUUUUCUGAAGAUGUCGAUCAACUCCAGUUAAGCUGGAGUUGAUCGAUGAGAUACAGUUUGCAAUCAGUGGUGUGGCUGUUGGUUGCAAGUCUAAAAACUGGAAAAUGCUUUAUAGGCAUUGUGACAAGUAGAUUUACUGCUAAAGCCUUUCUCUAAGAAAGCCUAUUCUAAUUAUUGUCUUUCAUAUGCUGCUUGAACAUGAACAUACCAGCUCACAUCAUGAAAUGUUGGGGCUUUGGGCGAGGGGAUGUUUUGUGCCAGGUUUACCUGGACAAUCCUCAAUCUUUUGGGGGAUGGUCAAAAAACAAUGAAUGUUUUCUGGCACACACGCUGUUAAAGAAAAGAAGAUGGAAAAUCAAGUUUAGGAUUUUUCUCAACUAAAGCUGCAGUUAUCUUUGAAUCUGACUUCAGGUUUUUGAUGAGAGAGUGCUGGACACUCCCACAGGAAGCUGGAUACUUUUAUUAUUGUGUUUUAAAAACAUAAAAUCGCUGUUGAUUAAGCCUAUUUUUUAGGCCAAUGAUCAAUGAUUUAGCUGGAGUUUAAAUACCCCUUAAUUAAAGGGAAUGGAGAUUUUGCCUCUUUAAGCAUAUUGUUUAAUUUUGUUUGCGUUAUUGCCUUAUAAUGUACGACAUGUACACCAACGUAAGAAGUGUUUAUACUGAAAUAAUAAAAAAUCUAAU